CCCAACAGAUAUUCGCUAUAUAGCACACAUAUACUAUACCUCAUAUAUAUAAAGAUAGAUAUAGAUAUAUAUGUAUAUAUAUAUAGUUUAGAGUGCCUGUAGAUCUUGCAGCUGCCCGCGCAGCUUGAAGUGCGUGCAACAGGACGCGAGUGUUUCGUGCGUUCGAAUCGAAAUCGAAAUCGAAGUCGAAAAGCGAAUCAAAGUUUAACUAGAUUAAAGUGCAGAUAACUGUAGUACGAGACGUGCCACCAAAGGCAUGCGUAUAGGUGUGCAAAAGUUUAACAAAUUUCAAUUAGUCAAUUGCAGUGCGGCCCACAACCAUCACAGUUAACAGCAACGCAACAGGGCCCCCCAAGGGGCGCCUCGGAUACCCAAACAGGAACAGGAAGACAAAGCGUAACGAAAGCCAAAGCCCAAAAGUAGCUUGAACCAUGGAACAAUUCGAACAGUUGUUGACGUGCUGCGUGUGUUUGGACAGGUAUCGCAUACCAAAGCUUUUGCCAUGCCAGCACUCCUUUUGCAUGGAGCCCUGCAUGGAGGGCUUGGUCGACUAUGUGAGACGCCAGGUCAAAUGCCCCGAAUGCCGUGCCGAACAUCGUAUACCCUACAAUGGCGUACAGGCCUUUCCCACGAAUGUUACGCUGCAGCGUUUUCUGGAGCUGCACAUCGAAAUUACCGGCGAAUUGCCAGAUCCCACCUCAGGUCAAAUCAUGGAACGCUGCGGAGUUUGCUCCGAGAAAGCGUAUCUAUCCCACUGUGCGCACUGCGAGAAAAAGAUCUGCGAGGACUGCAAGAGCGCACACAUGGACAUACUGCGACGUGAGAUAACCCGCUUCAAUUCACAGAUUCGUCGCAGCUUGCAUCGAUUGCAGGACUCGCUGGCCAUCAUCGAGAAGAACACGACGAGCCUGCAGACGAAUGCGAUCGGUGUCACGGAGGAGAUCGAUGAGAUCUACAGGCGCAUAACGAAGGCCAUAAAGGACAGAUCAGAUGGCCUUAAGGGCGAAAUCGAUCGCUAUUUGGCCGUGGAGCUGCGCAAUCUGACUACGCUCAAGGAGAAUCUGGAUCUGGAGAUCACGAACAUCACCAGCAAUUGUGACAUUGUGGACAAGUACAUGAACGAAACUGUCGAAUGGGAUGACUGCGAGCUAAUGGACACCAAGGAGAUCUUCCUGAAAACCGUCGAAUUUCUGCGUCACUUUGAGUAUGAGAACAACGAUUACAGUCGUCGUGUGCGCUUCAUUGUCUCCAUCGAUCCCAAUCAGUUGGUCAUGAAUUUGGCCACCUUUGGUGAUCUGAACAUUGCGCCACACUCAACGCCCAGCGGCUCGGUGAGCAGCUCCCAUCUGGCACCGCCCAGUGCACUGCAGCCGGGACUGAUGCGCUCAAAGAGCGAUCAUCGUUUGGCUACACAGUUCCGACAGCAGGAGGAACGCGGCGGCUACAAUGAUGAGCCGGUGCUCGGUGGCCGGAAAUUUGGUGAGCGACCACAGCGCAGCGCCAACAACAACAGCGAUCGCUAUGGUGACAAUCGCUAUGGACGCUCCGAGUACGAUUACGAAAACGACUAUGAGAACGAGCCGGCGGGACGUGCUGCGAAAUCGUCGCGUUUCCGUUCACGUUUCGUGCGCUCGCACCAAAACGAAGACUCGGACAGCGAGCAGCAGCAACAGCAGCGCCAGCAGGAGAUUGACAAGCGCAAGGAUCGCGUGCUGGACAGCGAGGAUGUGUCGCGUGGCCAGCUGAGCGGCAUAAUACGCCUCAGCGAUUGCUCGCGCGUUGUUCAACGUCUGGCAGAAAUUGGCAAGGAGAAGAAGGAAAAGAAAUCGGAUGUAGCGGCUCAUGCAGCUCAAGCGGCCGUUCAGGCGGCCAUCCAGGCGCAAAAGGCCGCCAUGCAACGACAGCAGCAAAAAAACCAACAAUCGGCGGCAGCAGCAGCGGCCACCGACGAGGAUGAGCUGGCGCGUCAGAAGCGCAAGAGCGCGGCAGCCAGCUCCGCGGCAGGUGAAACGAGCAGCGAACAGCGACCCAAUACGGAGCGUGUGACAGCGCUGAAGCGAGGUGGUCUCGGCGGCAGCGAGGAGAGCGAUAGCAGCAGCAGCAAUCAGGCAGCGACAGCAGCAGCGGCGGCAUCUCCAGUGCGUACAGCAACGGCGACAGCGCGAGCCGAGUGGACAAACGAUGUGUCCAAACCGGCCGUGUCCGCCCAGGUGGCAGCUGUUAAGAAGACACAACGUUCUGGCAGCAGCGAUAGCAGCGCCUCCACCGAAAGCUCCGCCAGCUCGGCAGCAGCAGCAGCAGCUGCGGCAACAACAACAACAACAACAUCAACUAGUGGCAGCAGCAGCGCCCAGCCGGCCAAGGCGGCCAGCUCCUCACGCUACUCGAGCGCACGAGAGGCUACGGUGACAGCGACGCCGGAGAAGAAGCCGUUCGUCAGUCGCUUCCUGCCGCAGCAUAGCAAUCCAAGCACUUCCAACGGCUCCGCGGAUAAGAAGAAGGCCGAAUCCGAUUCGAGCAGCGAAGAGGAGACCAGUUCCGAGUCGGAAUCUGAAUCGGAAGCAGAGUCCAAGCCGAAGACAAGCGCCGCAGCUAGCAGCAGCAGCAGCGCAGCAACCAAAUCGACGCCCAGCAGCGCAGCCAGCUCGACGACAGCAGCGGGCAGCAGCUCCUAUAGAGAUCGCCUGGAGGCAAGACGCGCCUCGCGCGACGACACCAACUCGACGACAACGCGCAGCAGCUAUGCCACGCCCAACUCCAGCAGCAGCGGCUACGGCAGCAGCAGCUCACCGCGCACCCGACCAGUGCCGGCAGCUCAUCAUAUAGCGGAGAGCGACGAUCGUUAUGGCAGCGGCAGCAGCUACACAAGCCGCUUUCUAAACAAGAGCAAGAGCAGCGCAAUUGUUGCGCAGCCAUCGCUAUCCACGCCGAACGCCUCCUUCGAUGAUGAUGGCAACGGCACGGGCACCGGAACCGGAACCGGCGACGAUUCCGACAGUCGCUACGGCACUGGCCGCUCACGCUAUCUGGCCAUGAAGGAGCGUCGCAAUCGCUUGGCGCGCAGUCGCUCCUCGCAUCAGUUUGGCAACGAGGACGAUGAUCUGGACGAGCCCGUAUCGCCGACGACCGUUUCGCCAUCCGCUUACCUGGCCUCAAGAUAUAGCGGCUAUGGCAGCAGCGAUCUAUCACGCAGUCGCUCCUCGCAUGCGCUCAAAUCGCGCGACAAUUCGCCCAUAACGGAUCGCAGCGCCGGAUCUUCGCGCAGCGCCUUGGGCAGCUCGGCGGACAACAAGGACGGCGAGGCGCUCAGCUCGUGGGCGCGUUAUCUGAAGAACAAGUACGGCAACAAGAGCUCAAAGGAUGCGCCCAGCAGCAGCAGCGGCGGCAGCGCACGCGAUAGCCAUGCCUCCGGCUCGACAGCUGCCAGCAGGAGCACGGCCAGCGAUGUGUCCAGGCGGUUGAGCCUGGGCUUGCCGUUGCGUCAGGCCAAUGAGCUGGCCUCGUCCGACGAUGACGGGUCAAAAAACGGGCUAGGCUCCCCUACGUCCCCUACGGUAGCAGCAGCAGCCGGUAUAACCGGAGUGGCAGGUACUAUCCCUAAACAGGUAUACCUGCGCAAGCGCCAGCAGCUGUUCCAGUUGGGGGGCCGGGGGAGCGAGCCCGGAUCCUUCACGUGGCCGCGCGGCCUAGCCGUCGGCCCCGAUAAUAGCAUUGUCGUCGCCGAUUCAAGCAACCAUCGCGUUCAGGUCUUCGACUCGAAUGGCAUAUUCGUCAAGGAGUUUGGCGAAUAUGGCAACGGCGAAGGUGAAUUCGAUUGUCUAGCGGGCGUGGCAGUCAAUCGCAUCGGCCAGUACAUCAUAGCCGACAGAUACAAUCAUCGCAUCCAAGUGCUCGAUCCGCAAGGACGUUUCUUGCGCGCCUUCGGUUCGCAGGGCGUUGCAGAUGGCAAAUUCAAUUAUCCUUGGGGCGUUACAACCGAUGCACUCGGCUUCAUUUACGUAUGCGAUAAGGAGAACCACAGAGUGCAGGUUUUCCAAUCCGAUGGUUCCUUCGUUGGUAAAUUCGGUUCCUGUGGCCGUGGCGAGGGCCAACUCGAGCAUCCGCAUUAUAUAGCCGUAUCGAAUACGAAUCGUGUUAUUGUUUCCGAUUCGAAUAACCACAGAAUUCAGAUAUUCGAUGUUAAUGGCAAAGUGCUGUCCACAGUGGGCGGCGAGGGCUCUGAUGAUGGACAAUUUAAGUUUCCACGCGGCGUGGCUGUGGAUGAUCAGGGCUAUAUCUUUGUGGCCGAUUCUGGCAAUAAUCGCAUACAGAUCUUCAAUCCGGAUGGCAGCUUCCUGAAGACCUUCGGCUCCUGGGGCUCCGGCGACUCGGAGUUCAAAGGGCUCGAGGGCGUGGCCAUUAUGUCAAAUGGCAAUAUUUUGGUGUGCGAUCGCGAAAAUCAUCGUGUUCAGGUAUUCUGAGCCCUCCCUCACCCACACACACAGCAAUUUAUGAUUUCAAUUUAAUUUUAUUUUGAAAAAAAUUAAAAAAUUGAAAAAUUGAGUUCAAAUUUCUAGGCCUAGAAAUUAGCGCAACUCACAAAAAAGGGAAAUGAAAAAUUUGAAGAAAAAAAUCGAA